GGACGCGCUGACGCACCAUUUCUACGGGGGGCAACGAAGCAAACGUUCCAAUGUUACCUGGGAAAGUCUUAUUACGCUUUCUGUGGAAAGGUUUAGUCGGAAUUGUUUUUUGAAUUUUGUCAUAACUAACAGAGAAGCCGCAAAAACAUCGUGUUGACACCGUUGCCUGUGCGAGUUAAACCUCCGUAUUCAGCGGCAGCUUUUUAAACAGCUGCUUCACGGAGCCAACAGAGGGGCAUCUGUCAGGUGCCAAGUUUUGCUAGAAGAUGAAAUCAGCAUCCCCAUGAAGCUCAUUCAUCGACAGAGGGAAGCUUUGGAUACGAUAUAACACUGAAUCAACAGAAGCAGAUGAUAUGGCUCCCAAGUCGUCACUGCCUGUGAAAACUUUACAGCGGACCUCAAGCAACUUGGAUUCUGUGCGUCUUCAUCCAGCCUCUAGGACCUUGAUUUCUAAAUGAAAUUCAAAAUGUACUUUCAUCUUAAAGGCAAACUCUGGACCACUAAGCAAUAGUCCAGUCAAUUUUCUCCUUGCCCCAGAUUUGACCAGUCCCAGGGUGAAUGAAAAGGUGUGGAUCAUCGAGAAUUUCCAAUCUUAUUACAUGGAUUUAGUGAUUAAUGGCUUACUAAAGUACUGCGCUCUGAGUUGCAGUUUUUUGAUUACACAUUGAGGGUGUGUCUGGGCCGCUGCCACCACUACGGCAUGCGGGAUGGGCCAAACGCGCUCUCAUCUGUCGCACAGCACCGCCACCCCAGGCGGGGCGAAGUGGAAAUCAAACGACACACCUCAUCGACUCAGUAUCUCUAGAUUUAGGAGCAAAAGGAAGCCACGGAGCGAGCAGCUGAGCAGGAAUCCGAUGAGAAACAAAGUACUGUCCUGUUUGGGAAGGAGAAAACGAUACUCCAGCCAAACCGAGGGGGAUUUAGGUUACGGAACCGAGACCGCUGAUGUGGCUUGUCGCGGCCAUAGAGCAGGAAAGUUGCCCAGAGACGAGACUGUAUCGGCAAGCGGGGAGUACCAGGCAGCCACUGGUGUUUUUGAGAUAUUGCCUGGUCUCGAUGAUGAUGUCGAAGCGGUCCAGCUCACCGUGAGCCGAGAGGAAAAGGCUGGUUCAUCCGAUGCGUCAUGCUUGGAAACACGGAGCGGUGAAGUUAGCUGUACGGGAUGCACGGUGCCUAGAACCGGCGUGCGUGAAGACGAUGCCUCGGAUCCCCCAGCCAGGGCCAUGGAAGAUCAGCGAAUGGAGGGAAACGAUCAAAAUCGCUUUAUGUCUGGGUUCAGGACUGAUCUGAGUUUACAACCCCUGCUUACCUCUGACCCGGACACUGAACGGACUUCGUCCUGCUCGCCCUCGGAUCAGGAUUUGGAUGGUGGGCUCUCGAUACUGAACGAUCGCAUUAAAGGUGAACUGACCCAAACUGAAUCAACCACAGGGGAUCAGAACAACGGGUUUCUACCAGAAUCUGGAAGCAUAAAGCACCCUGAUCAGAUCACCCAAAGCCCAUCAGGACAAACUUUUCCUGGAACGAUACCGAAACUAAUCAUAACAAGAGACCCGAGCCCGAGCCGCUCCCAGGGGACCACGGCCCUGCAGAGCGACCAGACCCCCUGUUUGGAUCAUCAGGCAGAUGACGAGUCCCCCUGCUCCGACAGCGGCUGCGGUGGCUCCCCUGCUCUGAUGCGCUCCCCCAGGAAGCUUUCCACCUCCUCAUCCAUAGGCCUGUCCUCAGCCUCCUCCUUUGAGGAGUCCGAGGACGACUUCACCGGCAGCGACAUUGAAUCCAGCCUGUCCCCGGCCCGGUCUCUGUGCAGCGCAGGAGAGGCUACAGGGACUAAAUCCUGGACCAAGUUGAAAAGCAUGGUUCACUGGUCUCCUUUAGCCUUUACGCUGAAGAGUCGAAGCUCAUGGGUGCAGCUAGCUGGCCAUGCAGGCAACUUCCAGGCCAAAGAGGGCGGCCGGCUGUUGAAGCGAUACUGCGAGUGUGAGCAGCAGUGUCUGAAUAAGCUAAUGACGGACUCUCUGCGUCCCUAUGUGCCUGGGUAUUAUGGCGUGGUGCAGAAGGACGAGCAGGACUAUAACCUCAUGGACGACCUGCUGGUUGGCUUUGACUCACCUUCCAUAAUGGACUGCAAGAUGGGCAGCAGGACUUAUUUGGAAGAGGAGCUGAUGAAAGCAAGAGAGCGCCCCCGUCUGCGAAAAGACAUGUAUGAAAAGAUGGUUUCUGUGGACCCCGGGGCCCCCACCGAAGAGGAGCGGGCUCAGCAGGGCGUCCUGAAACCUCGGUACAUGCAAUGGAGAGAGACGCUGAGCUCCACCGCUACGCUUGGCUUCCGCAUCGAGGGCAUUAAGAAAGCUGAUGGAACGUGUAACACCAACUUUAAGAAGACGAAGCAAAGAGAGCAGGUGAUGAAGGCCUUGGAUGACUUUGUUGACGGCAACGUUCAGAUCCUGAAACUUUACCUGAAGCGCCUAGAAGAACUGCGCUCUGUUCUUGAGAAGUCACACUUCUUCAAGACACAUGAGGUUGUGGGCAGUUCUCUUCUGUUCGUGCACGACGCAUCUGGAAAAGCCAGCGUCUGGAUGAUCGACUUUGGGAAGAUGGUUCCCCUGCCGCCCCCCAUGAUGUUGGACCACAGGACUCCCUGGGUUGAGGGCAACAGGGAGGAUGGUUACCUGUGGGGAAUGGACAACCUCAUCGACAUCCUCAGCAGCAUGCUGCCUCAGACACCUUGUGAAGUAGAUAGAAACUCGGAGGAGGCGUGAUGUGACCCAGUUUAAUCUUCUUUUUUAAUUUUGCCAUCAUCAAAGUGUCUUAAUCCACUCGUGUGAAAAGCAGGACAAAGUGGAACAUGCCUAAAGACUUUUGACAGGGCAGACAACCUGAGCACAAGCAAAAGGUCGAGAAACAUGCAAGACUUCUCACAUUGACUUCUUUUCUGAAAAUACUUCAAACUAAUCAAAAUGUUUUUAUUUACUUCUGUCCUCUGACACACUAGUGCUCUUCCCUUCCUCAACAGCACCCUCUGCUGGAUGUAGUUGCACACAAUAAGUCUUACAUCCAUGAACUUGAUCUUUCAGAGCUCCAAGUGCAUAGGAUCUUUUUUUUACUUUGUUUUUUUAAUUAUGUUUAAGCACACAGCAACACUAAAACACUGGUGAGACCCAGUGUUAACUAACUCAGUAUGUAAAUAGCUUAAUUUAAUCAAUUUGUUUGGCCUUGGGAUAACCUUCCUAAUAUUUUUAAAGUAUCGAACGGUUUUUAUAAGUGAUCAUUCCAGUGCAAAGGAGUCUCCCCAAACGGUUCACCCAAGUAUAAAUUGGCUGGCGUCUAAUCUCAAGUUUUGCCUUCAUUAGAAACUGUUCUGUUCAGUAGUUUUUGUUUGAUACAAUGCAGUGAUUUAUUUUUUUGUUUUUUGUUUUUAAACGUACAGUAAGCAGCUUGGCCGAGCUAGGUUUCUUUGGAAAAUGUUGCACUGUGGAUCCUCAAAAAGCCAUCGAACAAAGCAAGCAGUGCCUCUGUGUGUUUGUGAGCGUGUGUGACGUUUUUACAGUUAAACAUGAAUUGGAUUUUCUCUAAUCAGCUUUGCUUCGGGGUUUAUACAGCAAACCAGUGGGUGAAAUGUAACUAGAAGUAAAAUGUGUUUUUAGAUGAUUCACAAGAACAAAAGACUGGACAAUCUUUUAAUCUAUUUAAGAUUAAAGAAUUAUUUAAAUAAGAUGACCUUUUAACAUGAGAUGUUUUAAGCCACUUUUGGGUGCGCUAAACUGGAUAACUGGGUUUGAUCUUAAUAUUCAGCACACGGUUUACAAGGAAACGAUGCUGGUAGCAGUGCUAAUCAGUAUAUUUGUCCCUUCCUGAGUUGGUUUUGGAAACUGACCAGCAGCUCUGUCAGGGAGUUCAUGAGCAAUGCUGUGUAAAAUAAAUUCAGCAAAUCUGAUUUUUCAUCUCUAAAUGCUUAUAAUAGGUGGAAAUUGAGUAUUAAUGUUUACAAAGUAUUAUCAGCCCACAAAUUCUCUGUAUUUCUAAUGUGGGAAAAUAAUCAGGUUCUCAAACUGGGUGCUGCUUUCCAAGAAAGAAAACUGGAUUUGAACCAUGUGUUUAUUUUUGUUUAUUUUUUAAAGGCCGUACGUUAAGCAAAGAUGGUUGAAAAUUGUUAAUUAAUCCCUGCUUUGUCCAUGUUAUGGAUUGCAAUAAACUGAAAAUAAGA